UGCAAUCAGACGCAUUAAAAUACCAAUUAUUAAAAAUAUAAUUGAUUAAUUAUCAAACUGGAACUACCAGUUUGCACAUUAUUGAAUAUGGGUAAAUCAAAGUUAAAGAGAAAGAAAUGGACGAAGAAUAUAAAGGAUGAACCAGCAGAAUCAAACAUCCCCAUACCAAAUUUGCCAGAAAAGUAUCUUCUGAUGCGCGUGAAAACUGGCACGAAGAUUAGAAAUGUUUUGGGGUACGCAUUGAAAGAAUUUUCGAAGUACAAUAACGUUAUUUGGACCGCCGCAGGUCAAGGCAUUGGAAAAGCUAUUUCCUGUGCAGAGAUUUUCAAGAAGAAACAAGGAAAUCUUCAUCAGAUUACCAAAUUACGUUAUAUAGAGUCGGAGAAGUCGAAAACGGAGAACAAGGGUGACUUGAAUGCAGAAAAUCGCCACGUACCAGAAAUACACAUUCUAUUAGCGAAGGAGAUAAAGGAUACAUCGGAACCUGGUUACCAAGCGCCGGAUGAUUGUGGAGAAUUUGUGAACAAUGAAGAUGCAAAGGAUAAGAAAAAAAGUGUGAGACAGGAAGGUGCUAAUACGUCCUGUAUCGACGCUGAGGAAUUCGCAGCUAUGGGUUUGAGGACCGGUCAAAAGAGGCCAAAAAGAGAGCAACAAGCUGAAGCGCCACCUAAAAAGAAUAAGAGGAGAGAAAAGGAUGAAUAAUAACGAAAGUAAAAUAAGUAAAUUAUAUUGUAAACGAACUGUACAAAAAGCUUUUAUUGUUUACUUUAUUCCUUAACUAUGUGUACUUAAAUAGCACAAAUAUUGAUAUUAAAUAGAAAGUUUAUUCUUCGUCAAUACAUGUAUAUUUGUUACAGAAAGAAUCACACACAAUGUGGUCUUGAUUUUAGUUAGUCGAAUGUCAUUUUUUGUUUCUUAUUUACAAAUUAUAUAUACAGUAUUACAAUUGGUAUGAAUAGACAUUGCAAAUACAGUGUGUUAUGAAAAUUACAGUAGUGUAUCUUAUGGAAAAUCGAUUGCAAAUUGUUAGAAAAGACUACUCGCGUUAAAUGGUUACUAAAUGGAACUAAAUGUUUUGUAAUAUUUUUUACCAUUAAUGCAAAUGGAAAAUCUAAUUUUGUUGCAUGGUAAUUUUGUAUCAAAUUGGUAUAAGCUUACAAACAUUUAUAUUUAAAGUGAAUAUAAUUUAUAUAACGAUAAAAUAAU